ACUAGCAAUAGUAGGCCACGGAUCCGCGGAUGGCUGGAGAAGAACUGUCAAAACAGUGCUUGUGCAAAAAAAAAAAACAGGCUGCUAAACAAAAACGACCGCAACAUUUUGUGUUCGUUCUUGCUGUACUAUCGCUAUUGGUGCUGUGCGUCAGAGAACAUUAAUUGCCAACCGUGGGGUUACGUGGUUCACGUGGUCCUCGUGAAGGCGGUCAUCACCAACUGUCGCCGCUCCACAAGAUAGCCAAAGUGUAACGAAGAAUGCGUCUGGGUGCGGUCGAAAUCUAGCGCAAGCAGUGACUGUGUGUGUCUUGUGCCGGAGGAGGAGGUAGCAAUGGUUGUCCCUGCAGGGAAAGCCGAUUAUUCUUGCUUAUCGCACACUGUUGCCGCUGCAGCCAAAUUAAAACGGUCCUUAGAUUCCCUGCUGCGUGCACCCGUGUGCAUGCGUGUCAAGGAAUUUGAGAGUGCAACAACAAAUCAACUGUCAAUGGAAGUAACCGAAAGCAAUCAGGAGCGGCAGAUUAUUGAACAAGCGGCCUGCUGCUUCCGAAAAGGGUUGCUAUCGCAGCCCCAUCUAAGCAACAGUGGGAGUGAAUUGUGGGCUAGAAGCAUAGAGAGAAAGAAUCGCUUCUAGUUGCACUAAAACCACAAACUGUUUGCUUUCUAGUGCCUCGAGUGUGCCCGUGUGCGUGUGUGAUUUAGUGAUGAGAGCAUAAUCCCGGUGCUCAGUGUGUGCAGUCAUAGCAACGGGGGGGAAACAGCACAGCAGGAGAAGGCGACAGCAAAAGCAACGAAACGCACGUCUGCAUUAAUUACUCAGCCAACAGCAGCAACAGCGGCAGCAGCAUUGCCAGAGCGCGGCACAACGAAAACGAAACCAAACCCAGAACAACAUAUUCAUCCGCGAGCCGCAGUCGUGCACAAUCGCUUGUCCGUUCAUCGUGGCCUUUCGAGAAGAAGAAUUAAAUCACCAUCGUCGUUAGAGAAGAUUCGUCAUACGUUUUGUGGAACGAUCCGUUUGUGCAGUUGGCCACCGUACAGUGUACAGCGUCUUAUGUGACGUCCUUGUUGUAGUUUUCCGCCACUGCACUUACCCCUGCCCGAUGGGCCCGAUGAACCUAAAGCGACGGUGCACUACUGCUUUCGGUGGCUAGGAAUACGACGUGCCGUACGAAGCAGCAGCAGCAGCAAACAGUAGAUACAACCCAUCACGCCGAGCUAAGCAACCUUUUUGCGGCAAUGGACAAUUCGCGUAAUGAGUCGAAAAUGUCGCGGCUUGCCGACUACUUCGUCAUCGUUGGAUACGAUCAUGAGAAAGAGCGAACUGGCUCGAGAAGUGGGAAAAUUAUUCAAAGAUUCCCCGAGAAAGACUGGCCCGAUACGCCUUUCAUCGAAGGAAUAGAACUGUUCUGUCAACCGCAAGGAUGGUCCCUAUCAACAAUUCGCCAAGAGCCACAGUUCUUUGUGUCGGUUCUGACCGACAUGGAUGGUAACCGGCACUAUUGUGCGUGUCUAUGCUUCAACGAAACGAUCGCGAUCACGCCGAGCAAACCUAUCGACGAGGAGGAAGAGGACGAUAAUCUUUCACCAUCCGGCAGUGGGACAGGUGGUGCUGGUGGUGGUGGUGGGGUGCUGGUAAACAGUGGACCACCUUCGAUCACACACCAUAGCAUUAUGUAUGCUCCGAAAUGUCUCGUGAUCGUUUCCCGGCUAGAAUACAUCGAAGCAUUUCGCAACUGCCUCGGCACGAUCUACACGGUAUAUCUGGAGAGCCUAAAGUUCCAGCUGCACUAUCUGAUCGGCAGCAUUCUGGGCUGUAUUCAAGUUCCACCGCCCGGUGGACCACCGGUACGGUUUUCGAUCGGUGCCGGCGAUAAACAGAUCCUGCAGCCACCACUCUCGAACACGCUGCCAGUGACCGGCUCGUGUGUGAGCUUGCUGUUUCAUCAGCUGGGCAUCAAGAACGUAAUGUUGCUGUUUUGUGCCGUCAUGACCGAGCACAAGAUCCUGUUUCACUCGACCAGCUACACGCGCCUAACGGACAGCUGUCGCGCACUGACCGCUCUCAUGUACCCGUUCCGGUACAGUCUUGUGUACAUUCCGAUACUGCCCGCAUCGCUGCUGGAAGUGCUUACCAUGCCGACCACCUUCAUCAUGGGCAUCCACAGUUCGCUUCGGUCGGAAAUAAGCGAAAUAUUGGACGUGAUCGUAGCGGAUCUCGACGGCGGUUCGAUACACAUUCCCGAGUCACUAGUGCCGCCCAUCGCACGGUUACCGGCGUCGCUAUGGGACUCGACCGAACAUGCGCUCCGGAUGGUAUUGCAUCCGGAGCUAGCGUUGGCUGAUCUCGCAUUCCCGUCCGGUGGUACUCUGCACGGUCCCGGUUUAAACAACAACAUCAACCAGAGCAUGGCCCUCGCACCAGCGACCGGUGCUGCCAAUGGGUACAGUUUUCGCGAGCAAAAGAAUGACAUCAUGCUGGAUAAGGAAAUACGAGCCGUUUUCAUGCGACUUUUUGCUCAACUCCUGCAGGGCUAUCGGUCCUACCUCACGCUCAUACGAAUUAAUCCCAAACCCAUCAUACAGUUUCAUCGUGCCGGUUUCCUCGGCGCACGGGAGCUUGUGGACUGCGAGUUUCUGUCGCGCGUGCUGGACAGCAUGUUCUUUACCGGGUUUGUGACGGAGCGUGGCCCACCGUGGCGUGCGUGUGACGCUUGGGAUGAGUUGUACAGCACAAUGAACGAUUUGCUCAAAUCGGAAUCGCUCGACUCUUCGCUCGUGCUCGUGCACAUACAGGAUCUGGCGAAGCAGCUGUACACAAACGAGCAUCCGAACCCGCAACCAUUUCAGCAGAAGAUUUUGCGCCCUCCGGACGGUGCGUUCGCGCGUAUCCAUCAACCUCCGAUGCCGUUGAUCGACACGCAGGAGGUGCAGAACGUGAUCAACGACGGGCUGCAGGCGAACGAUUUGCAGUCCCGCAUGCAACCGGUCCGGGUGAAGCUGCGCAUCGUACCGAUGGGACCGUAUCUCAAACCGGCCCCACAAGAAUCGCGCCCGAUCGUGAACAAUAGCGCCCGCAAGCUGGAGGUGCUGCGCAACUGCAUCAGCUGCAUCUUCGACAACAAGAUAACGGAGGCGCGCAAAAGCUUCCCGGCCGUGCUGCGCAUACUGAAGCAGCGGGAAGCCCGGCUCACCAUGUGCCGGGAGCUGGCGAAGAUUGGUCAGGGUAACAAGCAGCUCGAUCAUCAGCAGUUCGAUCUCGUGAUCAAGCUGAUGAACCGUGCACUGCAGGAUGAUUCGGCGAAGGAUGAGUACGGAGUGGCGGCGGCUUUGCUGCCGCUCUCGUCGCUGUUCUGCCGAAAGCUGUGCACGGGCGUGAUUCAGUUCGCGUACACCUGCAUCCAGGAUCAUCCGGUGUGGAAGUCGCAACAGUUUUGGGAGGAUGCCUACUACCAAGAGGUGCAGACGGCGAUUAAGGAGUUGUAUUUGCCGCUUGCCAACUGGCCGAAACCGAGUGGGGUCGGAGGCAGUGCGGUAGGCCUUUCGGACAGCAGCGCUCUGCUGUCGCAAUCCAUUUCACGCGAUAAGCUCGAUCGUGCCUCCAUACUGUCGCGAGCCCAAGAACCGUCGGCGUUGGAGAUAGCGGCCGAUCAGAUGGGCAAGUGGGCUACGAUGGAUUCGGUCACGCAGAAGGAGCUUACGAAUAAGGAGGAAAGUACGCUAUACAGUCACGCCAUUCACUACGCGUACCGGAUGGUGUAUCUGCUGAUCCCGCAAGACGUUGGCGGUGCGGUCGGACGCGUGCAACGGGACAAGGACGGCCGGCAUCUCGAGGACGAUACGAGCGUGUCGAACAGUGUGAUCGAGUCGCGCAGCCACAACAGCGACCACAACAGCGACGAAGGCUUCGAGGAGCACGAUCCGGGCGAAACGGGCAGUGCGGUCACAAAGAUGGUGUGUAAGUUCAUCGAUCGCGUCUGCACCGAGGGGAACGUGACUGCGGAGCACGUGCGUAAUCUACACCAGAUGGUACCGGGCACGAUACAGAUGCACAUCGAAACGCUAGAAGCGGUUGCGCGAGAGGCGAAGCGCAUUCCGCCGAUCCAGAAACCGAAGCUGCAGUAUCCGGUGCUGCUGCAGGACGAGAAGAUUAUCGGCGAGCUGCGGGCGUACCUGUUGGCUGACGGGCGCGAGGAUAAGGAGGGUGGCAGCAGCGGCACGAUGCUUCCGGCCGAGGGCGCCCUUUUCCUAACGAACUACCGCGUGGUGUUCCGAGGGUCGCCCUGCGAUUCGUACUCGUGCGAGCAGAGCGUGGUCCGCGCGUUUCCCAUUUCAUCGUUAACGAAGGAGAAACGGCUGACGGUGAUCUAUCUGCAGCAUCUCGAGCAGGUUCUGCCGGAAGGUAUGCAGCUGCGGUCCUGCACCUUCCAGCUGAUCAAAGUCGCCUUCGAUGAGGAGGUACCGCAGGAGCAGGUGGACGCGUUUAGGAAAGCCGUACACAAGAUCCGCCACCCGGAGGACGAGUUUGGCCACUUUGCGUUUGCCACGCACGGUUUGGUCCACCCCGCACUCGGGCCGGGCCACAAGGUGAAGGAAAAGAAUGCCACGCUGAAGGACUUUGCGAAGAAGACGCUGUUGCGCACGGCAAAGAAGGCGGGCUUCAAGCAGAAAACGGGCGCAACGAAGCGGAAGUACAUACUGCCCGGUGCGGUUGAGUACGAUGACGCGUACGGCAGCGGUGGACUGCUGGGCAUGGGUGGAUCGGGCGGCGGCAGCAGUGCUGGUGGUGCGGGAGGCAUGGGCGAGAACAACAACAACAACGACGAUGACGAUGUGUCGGACGACGGUACGGAUACGCUGCCGCGCGUUCACGUGAAGGAUGUGGAACGGUUGAAGGAGCGCAGUUACGUGCGCGACUGGUUACGGUUAGGGCUGGGCGAUGUGCAGACGACCGGGUAUCGAAUUUCGCCCGUAAACAGCAACUACAGCAUCUGCCGCACGUACCCAGCGAUGAUGGUGUGUCCGAAGGAGGUGUCGGACGAUUCGCUGCGCUGUAUGGCCCGCUGCUACAAACAGCACCGCAUCCCGGUGGCGACCUGGAGACAUCGGAACGGUGCCACCCUGUUGCGGGGCGCCGUACCGCAGGCCAAGGGUGUCAUGGGGAUGCUGAAGGGUCAUCCGGGCUCGGCAAACGCAUCCACCGACAGUACGAGCUUCCAGGAGCAGGAUCGGUACUUUGUGCAGGUGAUUAAGAUGACGCCGCACACGCGCACGAUUCGGCAUCAGGCGUGGGGCGGACUGUCCGAUUCCAACAUUUCGCUCGAUUCGCUCGCACUGGCCGCCAGCAAUCUGAUGUCGCGCUCGGACAUGUCAACCCUAACGCCGGACGUUGGCCGCAAGCAGCAGCAGCAGCAGCAGCAGCAGCAGCCGCCGCAUCAUCACUCGCACCAUGACGGUGGAAACGGUGGGGUGAAUGCUGGCGGUGGUGGCCUCUACUCGAUAAACAAUUCGUCCUUCUCCAGCUUCGGCGCAAUGCGAUCGAACAUCGUGAAGUCGAACAAGUGGGCCUCGCUCAAACCGAACCGCAAUUCAUCGGCAGCAGCAGCAGCAGCAGCAGUGGGAGCUGGCGGUCCGGACUCCACCAGCCUGCGGGACGUUAACCAUUGGGAGCGAGACCUUUCUCAUCCUCAUCACCACCAUCACCAUGUCUACCAUGUUGGCGUGGGCGGAGGUGGUCCGGGGCAAGGUGGCGGUCCCCAGGCUCAUUACGCGUUCCAGCGCGUGCCGCUGUACUUUCUGGGCGAGAAGUCCCAGUCCAAGUCGGCGAAGCUGUCGGAAAUGUAUGCCGAAUUCAUUCCGGUCGAUUACACGGACGUGCGGCAUUCGCGUACCGCCUUCAAGAAGCUGAUGCGCGCCUGCCUACCGUCGUGCGACACAAACGAGCCGGAUCAAACGUUUGCGAAGCUGGUCGAACAAUCGGACUGGUUGCAGCAAAUCCGCGGCCUGCUGCAGCUUUCGGGAGCCGUGGUCGAUUUAAUGGAUUUGCAGGAAUCAAGCGUGACGCUAGCGCUCGAAGACGGCUGGGAUGUGACGGCGCAAAUUUCCUCCCUUGCGCAGCUGUGUCUCGACCCGUACUACCGCACGAUCGAGGGCUUCCGGGUGCUGAUCGAGAAGGAGUGGCUCGCGUUCGGGCACCGGUUCGGCCACCGGAGCAACCUGAAACCGAACUCAAGCUCCGGCUCGCCGUUCGCACCGACGUUCCUACAGUUUCUGGAUGCGGUGCACCAGAUCCAGCUCCAAUUCCCGCUGGCGUUCGAGUUCAACGAGUUUUAUCUAAGGUUUCUCGCGUACCAUCAUGUGUCGUGCCGUUUCCGCACCUUCCUGUUCGACUGUGAGCUGGAGCGGGUCGAUUUCGGCAUCACGGCGAUUGACGAUAAGCGCGGUUCGCUCAACUCGCACCACAAGCACGUAGUGGAGGCGCUCACCGUUUCCGACGACGAUAAUCUUAUUUAUCCCGGUAUGGGAGGCGCCGGCAGCGGCGGCAAUGGUGUACCGGGGGGUGUGGGAAGUGGCGGCGGUGGCCCACUGGGAGCUGGUUCCGGCGGUGCGGGUGGCGUGAUGGGUGGUGGACGCAACACAAACACGCAAAAGUUUGGCCCCUCGCUGUUUGACUACAUCGAGCGACAGCACGCAAAGUCGCCCAUGUUUUACAACUUUAUGUACACGCCCGACCCGGAACGAACGGUGCUGCGGCCGCAGAGCUCCAUUUCCGUGCUGGAGAUUUGGUCAUACUAUCUGGGGGAGGAGCUGGCCCAGGGACCACCGUACGAUCCGGAACUGGUCGGCAGUGAUAGUAUGGAGGAUGACUGUGAUUACAUGUACUCGACGACGACGGGUGGCAACGGAGGUGGCGGUGGGGUUGGUGCGGGCAAUGCGGGAAGUUUGGGCAGUACGGGCGGUGGUCCAUCCGGUGCCGGAAUGUUACGGCAACCGAGACGCCGGGUGGUGACGGUGAACUACGAUAGCUUGAGUCGUUACGAAGCGGAUGCGUUCACCAAGCUGCUGGACGAGCUGAAAACGGCGGAAGCGGAGCGUGGUUUGUUGCCGCAGAAGUGGCGCCAGGUUUGGGAUAAGCUGGAGCCGCCGCACUCGGAUUCGCUGACCCGGCAUGCGUCGUUCAGCAGUGCUUUGGUGCGCUCGCAUGGGCGACUGUUGCACAAAAGAUCAACGCUGGAAAUUCUCAUGCGCGGUCGACAGGCCGGCUUCCAUCAGGAGAACUUCCUGCAUCCGCAUCGCUUCGAAAAGCACGUCUACUCGGCACCGGUCAACUGUAAUCACUGUGGCAACGUUCUCUGGGGUCCCCUGCUGAAUGGUUUAAGAUGCGUCGAUUGUGGCAACACCUAUCACGAGAAGUGUGCGGAAUCGGUGCCGAAAAAUUGUACCAAAUACAAGGCGGUCGAAGGAGGCAAUCAGCCGACGCUGGCUCGUACGCAGGGUGACAAUAACAGUGUUACAUCGAGCGUGAACACGACCAACACCAACAGUCAGCAUUAUUACGAGCAGUAUGACAGCAAGGUGGCUGACGAUCGAACCCACGAAGGCUACCUCUACAAGCGCGGCGCAAUCUUAAAGAACUGGAAGCAACGCUGGUUCGUGCUGGACUCGCACAAGCACCAGCUACGGUACUACGAUACGAUGGAUGAUUGCAGCUGCAAGGGUUACAUCGAGCUGGCUGAAGUACAAUCGGUCGCGCAAGCACCGCCCCAAACUGCACCGGCCCCCUCGAAAAAAGUUGACGAUCGAGCAUUUUUCGACCUCAAAACUAGCCGACGUACGUACAAUUUCUACGCCCAGGAAGCAUCUAGCGCGCAGGAGUGGAUCGAAAAAAUUCAGGCCUGUCUGCAGUAGAGGACCUCUCGUUCGACCUCGUUUCGUGGGGGCUGCUUCCGUACCUUCGGGUAGUCGCUCGCAAGUCCUCUAGCUAAGCGAAAUUAAUCUCCCGACCGACCGCUGAUGGAGUCUAGUCCGUAAGCAACCCAAUCCAGCGUUUGUCUCACUGUAUUUAUUGUGGACUGUUGGGCUCUCUGUCUCCGUCUUAUAGUACCUCCUCCAAUUCCAAACCAUUGCAUAGCUUGAUUCGUUACGUACCUUGAUUCUUCCGGCCGUGGAUAUUUAAAAAUGCUCAAUAAAAACGGGAAAUGCAGCUACGGGCGGCGCGCGCAUACCGUACUGGGUGGGAGUGGAUAGCCGCUCAUCCGUUUGCGAUGGGAGAUGGAUAGAUUUUAGUUGUAAGCUCAUCGCGGCACAUUUGUGUCCGGAAAGUAGUCUGCUAACUUAUUCAGCUGGUAAGGCACGGAUUAGCCGCGCCUACGAAGUGAUGCGGGUUAUCUCAUUCUGUUUUACUGUUAUGUUUAGCUAGGAUCUUUUUGUUUUUCUUCGUUCUCCCUGUCUGUUGGGUUAUGCCGUUUGGGAGGGGAGUAUGAGCACUUGACUAAAAAACUUGUUUUUGUUUUCAAUCGAACGUUUGCUUCGGCACCAAAGGGUAGUUAGGGUGUCGCGCACUAUCUAUACAACGCUCAACGCAAUGCGGCAAUUGCAGCUAGCUCACUCUAUCGUUUAUUCGAAUCGCGCGGACGAACGCUCGUUUGACGAAAGGCGGUAUCUAGGAAUCACAAAUAAUGUUUUCAAUUAUUUCAAUGUGAUAUGUGAUGUAAUGGUAGUAAUUCUCAUGGUAAUCUAAAGUUUAGCAAUAGUAUCUCCCCUGUUAGGUUAAGCGGAGGGGGAGAUAUGGCAACCACACCAAUAAUCGAAUAGUAAGAAUAGUGACUGCAUCAUCGUACAGCUUGGGAAAAAUAUGAUGCAGCGGCUAAUUUCCUUUAGCAGUGUAUAUGUAUGGGUUCGAGUUUGUUACAAUUAUGUAUAUCGUUAGCCGGUAGAAAGAAGCUUAUCAAAGCUAGGUUAAAUCAAUGUUUUAGUACACUGUA